AUGGCUCCAUCAAUGUCAAAAACGAUCCAAUCAUCAAACCCACGCGACAGUAUUGUAGAUUUCGUAGUGCACAAAGGUCAUGGAGUGAAAGGCUUAGCUGAAUUGGGACUCAAGACUCUACCAAAUCAAUACAUUCAACCUCCACAAGAAAGGUUUGAAACAAGCUUUAAAGAUUUGCAAGAUGACUGCUCCAUCCUAGUUAUCGAUAUGUCCAACUCGGAUGAUGCAAAAGUAGCAAAAGCAGUGUGUGAUGCGGCACAGAAUUGGGGUUUCUUUCAAAUUGUGAACCAUGGAGUCCCGAUUCAAGUUCUUGAAGGUGUUAAAAAUGCAACUCACCAAUUCCAUGCGUUGCCGACGGAAGAAAAGCAUAAAUACUCAAAAGAACGAUCUCCUACCACUAACAUUUGUUUUGGUACAAGCUUUAGUCCCAAUGCUGAGAAAGCUCUCGAGUGGAAGGAUUAUCUUAGUCUUUUCUUUGUCUCGGAAGAAGAAUCCGCUUCACUUUGGCCUCCCAUUUGCAGCAAUCAAGCUUUGGAAUACAUGAAGAGUUCUGAAAUUGUUGUUAAGAAGUUGUUGGAGAUACUUAUGAAUGGACUGAAUGUCAAAGAGAUAGACAAGACCAAAGAAUCGGCUCUAAUGGGGUCAAAGAUGAUUAAUCUUAACUACUAUCCCAAAUGUCCUAACCCUGAGCUCACCGUGGGUGUGGGGCGUCAUUCAGAUGUGUCCACACUAACUAUACUUGUCCAAGAUGAAAUCGGAGGGCUUUAUGUAAGAAACACCGAAACAAUGGAAUGGAUACACGUCCCUCCGGUUCCUGGAUCGUUGGUUAUCAAUGUUGGAGACGCACUUCAAAUCAUGAGUAAUGGAAGAUACAAAAGCGUUGAACAUCGUGUGAGUGCUAACGGAAGCAAUAACAGGAUUUCUGUCCCGAUAUUUGUCAACCCAAGUCAUCGUGACGUUAUAGGACCUCUGCCAGAAGUGAUCCAAAGUGGAGAAAAACCGUUGUAUAAACAUAUCCGUUACACGGAUUAUGUGAGGCAUUUCUUUGGAAAAGCACAUGAUGGAAAGGCCACAAUUGACUUCGCAAAAGUGUAA